UUGGUAUCGUUCAAUUGCGCCAAAAUGUCUUACGAUCAUACAGCAAAGAGGAGGAAAAUAGGCGAGGAGGAGUAUGUCGACAGCACCAGGUCGACCAGGUUCUACAACUAUGAAGGCGGCCGUAGCUGGACCGUUUCAAUUGCAGUUCCCAGCAGUAUUUUAGCAGAUGCGAUUACUCCCGAACGCCGCACCUCUGUUGCCGGUCGCAUCGCCCGAGCCCUCGCCGUCUUCGGUAUCGACGAGGUUGUCAUUUACGACGAUAGCCCUGUCGAGACCCGCCCAAAGCUCGUUGACACGAAGAGCUACACCGGCGAUGUCGACCCCGGUCACUUCCUAGAGCAUCUUCUCGGCUACCUUGAAGUACCUCCCUUCAUGCGCAAGAUGCUCUUCCCUCUCCACCCGAACCUGCGCCUCGCCGGCCAGCUUCCCUCCCUCGACAUGCCGCACCACCCGAACCCACAAGAAUUCCUGCCCUACCGCGAGGGCGUCGCUGGCAAGGGAACCCCCAAGGGUACCGUAAUCGACAUUGGUCUGAAGACUCCUGUCACCAUUGAGGACGAGGUCCCGCCCAACACCCGAGUGACGCUUUCCUACCCCGAUCCCGACUCCGACAAGGCCGAAGCCUGCGAUCCUGCGGCACCCAGAGAAGAGGGCGGUUACUACUGGGGAUACAGUGUGCGAAAGGCGAGCUCGCUGUCGGCUAUGUGGACUGAGUGCAAGUACGAGGGCGGUUACGACAUCACCAUUGGCACGUCGGAGCGCGGUCGCACAAUGGAUCAGGCAUUCCCUGACUUCCAGACGCUGGAAUUCAAGCACCUGAUGAUCGUGUUUGGUGGACCGAGAGGAAUCGAGUAUGCGGCGGUGAACGACAAGGAGCUCGACAUGGUGGAUGUUUCGGGCGGAAAGACGAAGGAGCUGUUCGACCACUGGGUGAACGUCCUUCCUGGCCAGAGUAGUCGCCAGAUCAGGACGGACGAAGCGCUCUUCAUUGCGCUCACGAGCCUGAGGAGACUUUGGUUCUAA